AACACAAUGAGUUUCUUCUAUUUAUUAAAAAUAAAUACAGGAAUACUUACAUGUACAAUAGCUUAAUAUUUCAGAACAUUUUCUUUGCCAAACCUAUAAAUAUACUUUUACUAAUUACAGUUUCAAUCUUACAAGUUAAGCAUAACCUAUUCAGUAGGAAUUCGUAUUCUCCAAUCUUCACAAGAUUCUUCGUGAGUUAGUUUCCUGAUUCCGGGAAUUAGGAUUAUAUAAUUCAUAACAUUGUGAAAUCAGUAUUUGAAUCGAAUAUAUUUUAAAGUAUGAGAUUACUCUGAAGACAUGAAUAACCCUAAAAUCGUUCUCCCUAUUAUAGCUGGAGUAAGUGUUGUGGUUGUGUUAGUGACAGUUUUAGCUAACCUAAUAUGGGGAAGGAAAGCAUCCACACCAACAAAGAAGAUAAACCCUGUCACAUUAGUUGACUCCAAUGUAAAGUAUCCCUUACCUCUAAUUGAAAGGGAAGAAAUUAGCCACGACACAAGGAGAUUCAGAUUUGGACUUCCCUCUCCAGAUCAUAUUCUAGGUUUGCCAAUUGGCCAGCAUAUACACUUAUCAGUAAAAUUACAAGAUGAUCUUGUUAUUAGAGCAUACACACCUGUAACCAGUGAUGAGGAAAAGGGAUAUGUUGAUUUGGUUAUAAAGGUUUACUUUAAGAAUGUCCACCCAAAAUUCCCCGAUGGAGGUAAAAUGUCUCAGCAUUUGGAAAGUCUGAAAAUUGGUGACACAAUAGAUGUCAGAGGUCCCUCGGGAAGGCUGCAGUAUGUUGGUAAAGGAACAUUCCAAAUUAAGAAGCUAAGAAAGGACCCGCCUACUACAGUCACUAUGAAGAAACUCAACAUGAUUGCAGGUGGUACGGGCAUCGCGCCAAUGUUGCAACUGAUCCGUCAUAUAUGUCAAGACCCGAAUGAUUCCACGGAAAUGAGGCUAUUGUUCGCAAAUCAGACGGAAGAAGAUAUUUUACUUCGGAACGAGUUGGAGAAUUACCAACGGGAUCACCCUGAGCAAUUCUGUUUGUGGUACACCUUGGAUAGACCUACUGAAGGCUGGAAGUACAGUACCGGUUUCAUCAAUGACGAGAUGAUUCGCGAGCACCUAUUCCCUCCAGGCGAUGACGUCAUGGUACUUAUGUGCGGGCCACCACCUAUGAUUAACUUCGCCUGCAACCCGGCCCUGGAUAAACUAGAAUAUCCAGCGGAAAAGCGAUUCGCAUACUAAGAUGUGCAUUCCAUUCACCAGAGAUUAAACUGACUGGUCUACGGGUAAUCAAGAAAUAAACGUGUGUGUACUUAUGUACACGCGUUAGAAGUUAUACUUCUUUGGCGU